UGAUUUUAUUUCUUGACCUCAUGUAAAGCUAAAAGGAAAUUUUGUUGCUCACCAACUAUGGUCUAGUUGUUAUCCUAAUGUCAAUACUACCUGUGUAUUUAUGGACAAUUUGUCCUCGGAUGAAAAAAUCUAAUUCCCUCACUUUUCCUAAAAAAAAUAAAUAAAUAAAGCUUGUAUCAUACCAUCGUACAAGUAUUACUUUUGAUGAACGUAAAACGACGUAGUAACGUAGCGCUCUUCUUUCCAAACUAGCCGUUACAAAUCCGGCAAAGUGGGAAUACACAAACUCAUAACCUCCCCCUUCCCCUCCCUCUCCAAAUCCGACCGUUGUAAAAUUUUACCGUUAAACCCCAUCCAACCCAAAUAUCCUCUUUUCCCUGAAAAUUCCUCAUUUCUUCUCUUAUACACCACAUCACUUCUCUCUCUCCCUCUCUCUCUCUCUCUCUCUCCCACCCACCCCCCCCCCCCAAACAAAGCGACGAAAAUGGAAGAUUCAACUUCAAUUGUGAUCGACCAAACUUACGAAUUCUCUGCUCCAAGGUUUUAUGACUUCAUCAAUGGCGAAUCAGAGGAGGAUACUCGAAACGCUGAACUUUGGUUUCAGUCUGCUCUUAGUCAUGCUCCUUCUCCGUUUAUGCUGAGAAUUAAGGCUUCUAGAUCAGUUCAACUUAGCAGCCUUUGCGAUUUUGGCGAUGUUCAAACGACAACGCAGGCCUCUGAAUCACAUAAGCCUACAACUGAAUCAUCAGUUUCAUCAGAAGUGUUUUCAUCAAAGCUAGAUCAGAUUUCUUCUGGCCAACAUAUGGGGAUGCCUGGUGAAAGGAACGAAAACUCGGACCCGAACUUGAUCAGUAGCCAACAAAUAAGUAUACCUGCUGAAGUAUCUUGUGAGAAAAAUUGCAAAGAAGAUAGUAGUACUGUGACAGUAGUUGCUCCAGAUGUGAAAAUUGAACCAGAAAUCAUGGUGGAAUCUGCAACCUGCCCUUCUCAAGAUGUAUGCACCCCAAAACCGCCUGCCUUUACUAGUAAAGGAGGCCGAACGACGACCGAGCAAAAGAAGAAGCAGACGACCAUGAAGAUUGCAAGUGCACUAAAGAAUCCAUCAGAAUUGAAAUCGAAAAUUCAGUCACACACAAGAAGUACUAAACCUGACGGUUUUAGGAGAGAUAGAAGAAACUUAAACAGCUCUGUUGGGACUCCUAAUUUUGUCCAGGAAAACCAAGCCAUCAAGAGGCAGAAACUGGAUGAUGGAAAAACUAGGCAGAUCCUAAACAUUAAGCCUCCUAAUCUGCUCCACAAAAUAAGACCAGGUGCCACCACUAGUUAUUCCAAUUUGUGCUCUAAAGCUAAACCCUCCAAAGACGACAGAAAAAUGUAUGUUAGGGAUCCUCCACUGCCGCCGGUGCCAUUCGUUUCUACUGCAGAACUGAUGAAGAAGUUUCAGUCAAGCACUAGAGAUUCUUCACUGCCUCAAAAUGGGAAGUCUAAACUGCAAUUGACAAGGCCUAAAAAACCUGAUUUUGUAUCUUCACAAAGAGUUCGUUUAAUAAAGGUGAAGAGCUCUGCUGAGCUUGAGGAAGAAAUGAUGACUAAAAUGCCAAAAUUCAAAGCUCGGCUGCUGAACAAAAAGAUUCUUGAGGCCCCAACUUUACCUCCUUUACCCAAGAGCCUUCCUCGAAAACCAAAAUUUCAGGAAUUCCACUUGGAGACUUUGGAAAGGGCCAACAAGAAUGCAGAAGUAUCCUCCGUGGUCUCGACUGAAUCUGGUCAUCAGAAAAAUCAGUGGAAAUCUAAUCAUCUAAUUGAACCAAAAACUCCAGUGCUGCAAACAUCCUUGCGAGCACGCCCAACAAAGAUAAAAAGUACACUUGAGAUUGAGCAAGAAGAGCUAGAGAAAAUCCCAAAAUUUAAGGCUCGGCCUUUGAGUAAAAAGAUAUUUGAAAGUAAGGGGGAAUUGGGGUUGUUCUGCAACAGCAAAAAGCAAGUUACAAAACCCCAAGAAUUUCAUUUUGCAAUUGAUGAGAGGAUUCCGCCACCUUCUUCUAGUGUUGUCGAUCUAUUUGACAAGCUGUCUUUAUGUUCAGAGUCAUCAAACCAUGAGAAACAUCUUCCAAGAAAUACAAAGCCUAAUCCAUUCCAUCUUUACACUGAGGAAAGGGGAGCUGAGAAAGAACGAAGAUUGAUCACUGAACUUGUGCAAAAACAGAUAGAGGAGGAAAAAGCCAGAGUUCCGAAGGCUACCCCAUAUCCUUACACCACUGAUUUCCCUGUGGUUCCUCCUAAACCUGGUCCUAAAGAAUGUACUCAACCUGAGCCUUUCCAACUCGAGAGUCUAAUUAGGCACGAGAAUGAAAUGAGAAGAGAAAUGGAGGAAAGACUUAGAAAGGAAAGAGAAGAGUCUCAAAUGAGGAUCUUCAGAGCUCAACCAGUCCUGAGCAAGGAUCCUAUUCCUCUUCCUGAGAAAGAACGUAUGCCUCUCACUGAGGUUCAGGAGUUUAACCACCACGUACAACAUCGAGCUGUUGAUAGAGCAGAAUUUGAUAAGAAAAUUAAGGAAAAAGAAAUGAUGUAUAAAAGAUAUAGAGAAGAGGCUGAGGCUGAAAAACAGAUGGAGGAGGAGAAGGCCCUGAAGCACCUAAGGAGGACCUUGGUGCCCCAUGCCAGACCUUUACCCAAGUUUGCUAACCCAUUCGUACCACAAAAAUCUUUUAAGGAUCCAACGAAGCCAAAAUCCCCGAAAUUGCAUGUUCUCAGACGGAGGGAAAGAAAGGAAUCAGCAGGCACCGAUAUAAAGGCUGCUCAAUCUGCUGCAGCUGCACUAAUGAGGUGAUCAGGUGUGGGUGCUGUCCUGUUCAAGAACUCUUUGAACCCUCAAGGGUUAUUCUGUUAUUCAUUAUACAUAUUGUAAUCUAAGUUGUAAAGGUUUUGUGGAGGAAUGAUGAAAGCAGUAAUUUUUCAAAGUGAAAAUAGCAUCCAACUUUCUUACUUUGGGUAAUAUGCGCGACCCUUUCAUGGAUCUGACAUCCAACUUCGUUACUCCGAUGCCUGAACUAAAUUAUCGAAUAGGCAACAUUUGCAAAAAUUAUGGAAAUUAUUACUCCAUACUUGUAGCAUAACAUCCAAACUAAAUGAUGACCUAGAAGAACUAGGCUUUAUAGAAAUUUGUGGUACAUGAUUUCUACGUGAUUAAAGAAGCUAACCAACCAACCUUUAUUCACAUAUAUCGUAAAGCCAAACAAAAGAAACUUUUUUAGCCAUCCAACUUGGUAUAUUAGGUUGCUUACAGCCUUACACACCUCAAAAGUCACAAUAUAUUAACAACCUAAAAAACUUGUUGUUACAAUAUGAAGUAUUUUCUUAUGUUAUGUCAUUUUCUGAUGGUUUUAGUCAUUGCUUUAGCAACAGAAAAUCAAGACCUACGAAUACCACCAGAACUACCAAUGCAACAAAAUGGUGUGCCAACUAACCAGCAAUGCAUUAUCGGCACCACAUUUGACAUGCAAGAUUGUUACUCUUACUUGACCUACGAAAACAUGCCCUAUCCUCCUAACUCUUGUUGCUUCGUGCUCCAGGACCUCAGGUCAAUUGAUGCAGAUGGGAAAACUUUCACAGUUUGUCGGUGUCUUCAAGCUCUUUUAAGUGACAAACAUGUAAUUACAAGUCGAGCAAAUGCAAUGACUGAACAAUGCAACGUUAGUUUUAGUUUUGAUGUCUUUAGUGGAAUGUUUUGCUCCUGAGUCCUGAUGAUACUAUAAUGAGAAUUGAAAUGCUUUAAAUGGCACAACCAACUUCUUAGAAAAUUAACAAAUUUCAUGCUCUAUCAAAGAUAUGACUGAACAAUGCAACGUUAGUUUUAGUUUUGAUGUCUUUAGUGGAAUGUUUUGCUCCUGAGUCCUGAUGAUACUAUAAUGAGAAUUGAAAUGCUUUAAAUGGCACAACCAACUUCUUAGGAAAUUAACAAAUUUCAUGCUCUAUCAAAGAUAUACUCGAAGGUGUAAAAAAAAAAAAAAAAAAAAAAAAAAAAAAAAAAAA